GGCAGUCCUCACUGCCAGUGCUGCCACAGGAUGGGGAUCUGCAGCCCCAGCCACUUCAUUUUCCUCCUCCUCUUCCUGUUCCCUGCAGAGACAGCCUGCCGCCCUUCAGGGAAGAGGCCCAGCGAGAUGCAAGCCUUCAGGAUCUGGGACGUUAACCAGAAGACCUUCUACCUGAGAAAUAAUCAGCUCGUUGCCGGAUACUUGCAAGGACAAAACACUAAGUUAGAAGAGAAGCUCAAUGUGGUGCCGGUUGAGCCGCAUGCCAUGCUCCUGGGGAUCCAUGGAGGGAAGCUAUGCCUGUCCUGUGUCAAGGUGGGAGACGAGAUCAGGCUGCAGUUGGAGGAAGUCGACAUCACUGACCUGAGCAGGACCCAGGAGCAGGGCAAGCGCUUCACCUUCAUUCGCACGGACAGCGGCACCACCACCAGCUUUGAGUCUGCUGCCUGCCCGGGCUGGUUUCUAUGCACGGCACUGGAGGCAGACCAGCCCGUCAGCCUCACCAAUAGGCCCGAGGAGGCCGUCAUUGUCACCAAGUUCUACUUCCAGCAAGACUAGAGGAGCUGCCACCCCGUCCCACUGCCAGCACAGGGGCUAUGGGAGCCCUGGCAUUGGGACCCUUGUCCAGCCCCUCAUCUGCCCCUGCAGUAGCCUUUCUAAGGGGCAGCUUGAACCAGCGCAGCUCAAAGCCCUUCAGUGUCAUCCAUGCCUUCCCGGGAACACCUAGGCCUCCUGGCCAGUGUGACGUCCUCUGCUCUCCUGUCCACCCUCCCCCCAUUCCCUCAAGCCACUUGCUUACCUCUCACCAAGUGGCUCCCAACCUUGUUUUGCAAACUGUGGGAAGCAGUAGUUCCAGGUCUGUGGCUCGACGGCAGGCAAGGGCUUCCUGGUGUUUGUGGGAGCGCAUCCCAAGCAAUCUGAAUGAGAGCUCUUCGCUUGGUGAUGGCAUCCUUCCUAGGGGUGGAAGACGUCCUGUGCCUGUGAGACAGUAGAGAGAGCAGGUCUCCUUUUCCUUUUUCUUCCUUGUUUUUGUGAUGGCCUAACCUGUAAAAAUGAAAGCACACACUCCGAGCUGGUCCCUAAUUCUUUCUUUCCUAAGUGUUCCCUGAGUCUAGACCCUGCUGCCCUGGUCCUGAGCACCAUCUCCACUCCAGACCUCUCAUGGCUGCCAGCAGCGCCCCCAAAGCUCCAGUCCCCAAAGCAGAGUGCAGCUGGCCCCAGUCCCUUCUGACCUCCUCAGGGUUGACUUGCUCCUGGCCAUUUCAGCACUUCUGACUCAGGCUUUUUGGAGAGAUGCGUGUGCGUCUGUCUGUCCCCCCCAGACUAGAUUAGGGACUGUGACUUGCAUGUGUCUCAGGUCGUCGCAGGGCUGAGCACGUGCUUGACUCUCAACAGGUGCUCACAGGUGGGUCGUAUAUGUCGAGUGGAGCGUCUUCUGCCCCUUGUGACUUAAGCUCUCUUUGUUUUACAAUAAAACCUUGAAAAUGCA